AUGUUUUCAAUAUUAUCCUGGUAUGUUCGCGGUGAAGGUAUAAAGGUGGUUGUUUGCGCCGCGGCCGCCGUAUUAACUGUUCGACGUUCGUACUGCGCGCGCGACGGUACAAAACGCGCGUUACAAAAAAAAGCUCGGAACUAUUCUUAUAUAUGGUGUAUUCGUUUUCUAGUAUUCGUGAUACCACAGCGAUGGGUGAUGGCUAUCAUGGGUUUCCUGGCUGUGGCGAACGCGUACACCAUGCGUGUCUGUCUGAACAUAGCUAUCACACAAAUGGUGAGGCGACAUUCACCAUCACCAGCCUACGAAGACGGCUCAUGCCCUGGUGGGUUGGACGAAGUUAUUGAAGACCCAACGGAGAUCACUGGGUAUAAUUGGAAUGAGGAGACCCAAGGAAUCAUAUUAAGCGCGUUCUACUAUGGUUACAUUGUUACUCAUUUACCUGGAGGUAUGCUGGCGGAGAGAUUUGGAGGCAAAUAUUCCCUUGGCUUCGGAGUUCUCAGCACAGCUGUGUUUACUCUCUUAACACCAUGGGCUGUGAAUUUAGGAGGCGCCACUGGACUUAUUAUUCUUAGAGUUCUUGAAGGACUUGGAGAGGGAACAACAUUCCCCGCAUUAAAUGCCAUGUUAGCUCGAUGGUCUCCCGUAUCCGAGAGAGGACGCAUGGGAUCGUUAGUAUUUGGAGGAGCUCAAAUAGGAAAUAUUGCUGGGACUUACUUCUCUGGACUUGUCAUCAAGGAGACUGGCGAGUGGCAAUCAGUUUUCUACUUGUUUGGAAGUAUUGGGAUACUAUGGUUCAUUUUAUGGGCUCUUCUUUGCUACAAUGAUCCAGAAUCCCAUCCGUACAUAUCUGAUAAGGAAAAGAAAUAUUUAGAAGAAGCUCUCGGUAGACAUCACAAUACUCAGCCCUCGUCCAUUCCAUGGAAAGCUAUUUUCAUGUCAGUUCCACUAUGGGCAUUAGUUUGCGCACAGAUCGGACAUGACUACGGUUACUUCACAAUGGUGACCGACCUUCCCAAGUAUAUGACGGGUGUAUUGAAGUUUGACAUCCAUCGUACGGGUACCCUGGCUGCGCUGCCAUACGCCGUCAUGUGGCUAAGCUCCAUCGCUUUCGGUUGGAUAUGUGACAAAAUAGUCAAGAGGCAAUGGAUGACUGUUACAAAUGCUAGAAAGACCUUCACUACUAUUGCGUCUGUCGGCCCAGGUAUUUGUAUGAUCCUAGCUUCCUACUCAGGCUGUAACACUGACACCGUGGUGAUCCUCUUCACCGCGUCCAUGGGUCUGAUGGGAGCUUUCUAUCCCGGCAUGAAAGUGAAUGCGUUAGACUUGAGCAACAACUACGCUGGCACCAUUAUGGCGAUCGUGAACGGCAUUGGAGCGAUUACUGGCAUCAUAGCUCCCUACUUGGUCGGAUUAUUGACACCUGAUAGCACGUUGACGCAAUGGAGAUUGGUGUUUUGGAUUACUAUGGCGGUAUUCAUAGUUACGAAUUUAGUGUUCGUAGCGUGGGCAUCUGGUGAGGAACAAUGGUGGGACACUUGCUCCCAGGACCCAAGAAAACAAGAAGAGGCAACAAAUCAAUCAGUUAACAAUGACAUCAAAUUGUAA